CUUCCCACCCUAUCCUGGUCACACACAGCCUCCCCCCCAUCCCCCGCGUCCCACGCCGGGGAGCACACCCCUCCUCCCGGCUGCUGCAGCCCACCCUUUAGGUCUCCAGUGGAGGCACGCCUCCCCUAGCCCUGCCGCCCGGGGCGCGGAUACCCGCCCGCCGCCCGCCCUCUCUGCGGGAGCGGUCCCCCUCCUUGGGGCUGUGAGGCGCCCAGGGAGCUCCGAGUGUGUGGAGCUCCGGGCCGGCUCUGGCGGCGGGGUGAGCGCCUCCCGGCUGCUCUCAGGAGUCGUCUGCUGGCCCCGUUGCUUCAGCUCCCCUCCGGAUGGCGGGCGGAUAGGACAGAGAUUCCCGUUUUGCGGCGCACCGAGCCCUUCCGCUUUCCCCACUCCGGGCCCAGGAGGGGGCUGCUGCAGCGAAGACAGGAGACUGCUUAGGCUCUGGCACUAGUACCAUGGGACCCUGUACUGGUUAAAGCCAUCUCCAGGACCUGAACAGGCAACAAGGGCUCUGGGUUUGCAGAGAGCCGAAAUGACCAUGACUGCCAACAAGAACUCCAGUAUCACCCAUGGAGCCGGAGGCACUAAGGCCCCUCGGGAGACUCUGAGCAGGUCUCAGUCAGUCUCUCCACCUCCAGUUUUGUACCCACCAAGAAGUCCCAUCUACCCACUCAGUGAUAGUGAAACCUCAGCUUGCAGGUACCCCAGCCACUCUAAUUCCCAGGGGCUCCUCAAGGACCGGCAUUCUCGCAAUCCUUCACCCCUGGGUCCUCAAGAUCCCUCCCCAGAGACUUCACCACCCACCUUUACCCUCAAGUCUACCGGCUUCAGCUGCUUGGACAGAACCCCUUCAGUGCACAAAAGAGAGGACCAGAAGGAGACUGUCCAGGGUGCGGCCCAGGAUGUAGAGGGUGUGGCUGCUUGCCUUCUUCUUGCCCAGAGCACCCCAUUCCUAGGGCCAGCAGCUGGCCCUCGGAGUGUCUUGCAGAGUUGCACUGGUACCCGAGCCCAUAGCCUGGGUAUCCGGGAGAAGAUCUCAGCAUGGGAAGGUCGCCACCGAGAGGCUUCACCCAGGAUGAAUCUGUGUGGGGAGAAGCGGGAGGGCUCUGGGAGCGAGUGGGUGGCCAGUGAGGGCUGCCCCAGUGUGGGCUGCCCCAGCGUGCUGCCAUCCCCCUGUAGCUCAGAAAAGACCUUUGAUUUCAAAGGCCUCCGGAGGAUGAGCAGAACCUUCUCUGAGUGUUCCUACCCCGAGACAGAGGAGGAGGGAGAGGCACUCCCUGUACGGGACUCUUCAUACCGGCUGGAGAAGCGGCCAAGCCGGACUGAGCCUAGUGCCUUGCUCAGGGGUCAUGGCAGCAGGAAAGAGAGCUCAGCAGUGCUGAGCCGAAUCCAGAAAAUUGAACAAGCCCUAAAGGAGCAGCCUGGCCGGGGUCUCCCCCAGCUCCCCAGCAGCUGCUACAGCGUAGACCGUGGGAGGAGGAAGACUGGAACUUUGGGAACCUUGGAGGAGCCAACAGGGACUUCAAGUGUGAGCUCCAGCAGCAGCAGAGCAGGAGUGGCUGGAGUUCUUGGGGAGGCAGGCCCACCCCUGGACAGGGAAGACAGUGGUUCCAUGACAUCAGGGACCCCUGGAAAUAGCCCUAGCACCCAGCUGCUACCUUUGAAGAGCUCCCCCGAUCCCGCUGUGAACCCUGUUCCCAAGCCCAAACGUACCUUUGAAUACGAGGCUGACAAGAACCCCAAGACUAAGCCAAGCAAUGGUCUACCUCCUUCGCCCACACCUGCUGCUCCACCCCCCUUGCCUUCCACCCCAGCCCCUCCAGUCACCCGGAGACCAAAGAAGGAUAUGCGUGGUCACCGGAAGUCACAGAACAGAAAAUCCUUUGAGUUUGAGGAUGCAUCCAGCCUCCAAUCCUUGUAUCCCUCUUCUCCCACUGAGAACGGUACUGAGAGUCAGCGCAAGUGCGGAUCCAAAAGCACUUCAGAAGAGAAUGCCUAUGAAGAUGUUGUGGGAGAGCUUCCCAAGGAGAAUCCCUAUGAGGAUGUAGACUUAAAGAACCGAAGAGCUGGACGAAAAUCCCAGCAGCUGUCUGAGAACUCGGUGGACUCUUUGCACAGGAUGUGGAGUCCCCAGGACAGGAAGUACAACAACACCCCGAUGCAGCUGUCCCUGAAACCCAGCAGCCAGUCCCUGCGCAGUGGGAACUGGUCAGAAAGGAAGAGCCAUCGUUUGCCACGAUUACCCAAGAGGCAUAGCCAUGAUGAGAUGAUGCUGCUGGCCCAGCUGAGCCUGCCGUCUUCACCCUCCAGCCUCAAUGAGGACAGCCUCAGCACCACAAGUGAGCUGCUGUCCAGCCGCAGGGCCCGUCGCAUUCCCAAGCUUGUCCAAAGAAUUAACUCUAUCUAUAAUGCCAAGAGAGGAAAGAAGAGGUUAAAAAAGCUGUCAAUGUCCAGCCUUGAGACAGCAUCAUUGAGAGAUGAGAACAGUGAAAGUGAGAGUGACUCUGAUGACAGGUUCAAAGCCCACACACAGCGCCUGGUCCACAUCCAGUCCAUGCUGAAGCGAGCACCCAGCUAUCGGACGCUGGAGCUGGAGCUGCUUGAAUGGCAGGAACGAGAGCUCUUUGAGUACUUUGUGGUUGUGUCUCUCAAGAAGAAGCCAUCUCGGAAUACCUACCUCCCUGAAGUGUCUUACCAGUUUCCUAAACUGGACCGACCCACCAAGCAGAUGCGGGAAGCAGAAGAAAGGCUCAAAGCUAUUCCCCAGUUCUGCUUUCCAGAUGCCAAGGACUGGCUCCCUGUGUCAGAAUACAGCAGUGAGACCUUUUCUUUCAUGCUGACUGGAGAAGAUGGUAGCAGGCGCUUUGGCUAUUGUAGGCGCUUACUGCCAAGUGGGAAAGGGCCUCGGUUGCCAGAGGUAUAUUGUGUCAUCAGCCGCCUAGGCUGUUUCGGCUUGUUUUCCAAGGUCCUGGAUGAGGUGGAGCGCCGGCGUGGGAUCUCAGCUGCACUGGUCUACCCCUUUAUGAGAAGUCUCAUGGAGUCACCCUUCCCAGCCCCAGGGAAAACCAUCAAAGUGAAGACAUUCCUGCCUGGUGCUGGCAAUGAGGUGUUGGAGCUGCGUCGGCCCAUGGACUCCCGGCUAGAGCAUGUGGACUUCGAAUGCCUUUUCACCUGCCUCAGUGUGCGACAACUUAUCCGAAUCUUUGCCUCCUUGCUGUUGGAGCGCAGAGUUAUUUUUGUAGCAGAUAAGCUCAGUACCCUAUCCAGCUGCUCUCACGCGGUGGUGGCCUUGCUCUACCCCUUCUCCUGGCAGCACACCUUCAUUCCUGUCCUCCCAGCCUCCAUGAUUGACAUCGUCUGCUGUCCCACCCCCUUCCUGGUUGGCCUGCUCUCAAGCUCCCUUCCCAAAUUGAAGGAGUUACCUGUGGAAGAGGCACUGAUGGUGAAUCUGGGAUCCGACCGAUUCAUCCGACAGAUGGAUGAUGAGGACACAUUGUUACCUAGGAAGUUACAAGCUGCUCUGGAGCAGGCUCUAGAGAGGAAGAAUGAGCUCAUCUCCCAGGAUUCUGACAGUGACUCUGAUGAUGAAUGUAAUACCCUCAAUGGACUGGUGUCAGAAGUAUUUAUCCGGUUCUUUGUGGAGACUGUGGGGCACUACUCCCUCUUCCUGACCCACAGUGAGAAGGGGGAAAGGGCUUUUCAGCGAGAGGCCUUCCGCAAGUCUGUGGCCUCCAAAAGCAUCCGCCGUUUUCUUGAGGUUUUUAUGGAGUCUCAGAUGUUUGCUGGCUUCAUCCAAGACAGGGAGCUAAGAAAGUGUCGGGCAAAGGGCCUCUUUGAGCAGCGGGUGGAGCAGUAUCUAGAGGAGCUCCCCGACACUGAGCAGAGCGGGAUGAACAAGUUUCUCCGUGGCUUGGGUAAGUUGGUACUGAUGGAGAUCGUCAGGGGUGCUGUCCCCUGAAAUUCUGUGAGUCUAUGCCAGCAAAUAUGAUAGCGAGGACUGUAGACAGAGCAAGAGGAGAUCGUGUGAGGAAGAGGAGGUGCCCGGCUAUGACUUUAAGAGCAUUUAGCGCAAGAGUCACAAAAGGAGCCACAG